CAACCAAUUGUCCAUUCUCCUCUCUUUCUUUACAUUUUUGCAACUGCAAAUUUUGCUGAGAACAAGCUAUAUAUCCAUUGUUAGAUAGUGACCUUUGAGAAUCACCUAUCAUCUUCAUACUUCACGAGACAAUUCUUUUGUUCUUUCUUUCUAAUUUAUUUUUUAUCUUUUGUUCUCUCUUUUUAUUAGUAUUAUUAUUAUUAUAUUGGCGUUAUUUUUACUCUAACAAAUAACUAGUAGUAGCUAGUUUAUUUGUCAGUGCCACCUGUUUUACUCAAAAACAAAAUUCAUGCUUAGUUGUUUUCUAUAAUCCACAAUUUGGAUUUUGUGUAUCUGAAUUAACUUUUGUUACACCUGUUGGUUCAAUAAGACCAAGUUUGUUACAACAAGUAGGUGUUAGAUUUGUAUUUACUACAUUUAAUUUAUAUAUAAGUAUGAAUCCAGAAGAGAUGAGGAACAAACAAAUAUAUCAUCAGAGCAAUAUUAUUACUAGCAGCAGUUGCUUUUCUUCUCAUCAACCUGUUAUCUUUUCUGAAGAAGCAACUAGUGUUUCUUCCAUGUCUCAAAACAUCUCAAUUCACCAGCAGCAGCAACAGAUGCAAAAGAUCAAGAAGAAGAGAAGCCUCCCUGGAAAUCCUGAUCCAGAUGCUGAAGUGAUAGCUCUAUCACCAAAGACCCUUUUAGCAACAAAUCGAUUUGUGUGUGAGAUCUGUAACAAAGGAUUUCAAAGGGACCAAAAUCUUCAGCUUCACAGGAGAGGCCAUAACCUUCCAUGGAAGUUGAAGCAAAGGAGCAACAAAGAAAGCAAGAAAAAAGCCUAUGUUUGCCCUGAGCCAACAUGUGUUCAUCACCAUCCUUCAAGGGCACUUGGUGACCUCACUGGAAUCAAGAAACAUUUUUGUAGAAAACAUGGUGAGAAAAAAUGGAAAUGUGACAAGUGUUCCAAGAUUUAUGCUGUUCAAUCUGAUUGGAAGGCUCACUCGAAAACCUGUGGUACUAGAGAGUAUAGAUGUGACUGUGGAACCAUCUUCUCCAGGAAAGAUAGUUUCGUUACACACAGAGCAUUCUGCGAUGCAUUGGCCGAAGAAAGUGCGAGGCUCUCAGCAAACUCAGCGCUAAUGCAUAGAGCUGUCAUUGCCUCCACCAUUGUUAACUCAUCUGCCAUCGGUGAACCCAAUUUCCAUCUCAACCAAUCAUCGCUCUUCCCUUACCCAACCAACCAACGCCAUUUUGCUAACCCUCCUCCUCCACCAAUGGCGGCUGCUACAACAGUAACAACUCAUAUGUCCCUAAACCCAUGGGACCCACAAAUCCCCUUGAACCCUAACCCUAUUACUCAUGAAGAACAUCACAGUAACCACAAUAUUCUCCACCCUGUUCCAAUCAAGACUGAAUCCAUUCACAUCCCUUUUACCUCCUCGCUGCCGUUUUACCAUGAACAUUAUUACCCAGUUAUUCACAAGGGUGGUUCUUUCUCCAUCCCUUCUUCUCCUCAGCUCUCCGCUACAGCGUUGCUCCAGAAAGCAGCUACUAUGGGUACACACUCCACUGUGAGUCACGUGAAUUCUGUCAUGGCUCAACUAGGUCAUCACGUGACACCGAAACUAUCUCCCGAAGGUUUUCUUAGUUUUGCGUCGGAAAAUAUGUCCAGCAAUUGGCAGAAAAGGGAGAAUCUGACGAGGGAUUUCCUCGGUUUGACAGGAGAUCAUCAUCAUGAUCAGGAUCAUCAUGACGAGUCUUCAUCAGCUGGAGGUGGUGGUGGUGGUGGCUUUAUGGCCAAUGGAGGGAAUGGGCUGUUGUCGUCAUUCGGAGGAGAUGGGAUGCAUGACUAUCAAGACACACUCUAUGACCGUGACCAUUCGAUGUUGAAACAUCAUCAGUUGGGCUUUGGUUUUGGUGCUGCUGCUGCUGAAAGUACAACAGGAACAUGGGGGGAUUGCUGAUGAAGGAAGUUGCUCUGAAUGGGUAACUAGAGGAGAUUCACUGUUGGAAUUUAGAGAGAAAUCUCUAUCAUCAACAGAGCGAAGAAAGAGACUAGCAACAAGCUGCUGCACCAACCAAAAAGUAGAAAGAGGCCAAAAAAAAGAAGACAAUGAACUAUUUUUAUCUUUUUUGUUUUAAGUUUUUAGUACCUUUUCUUGUGUUGGUAAUGCAAAUGUUACUUUUAAAGAUUUUUAAGUCUUCUGAAUCACUCCUAUAUUACUUCUA